AUGGCAUCAACAGGCGGUCCUCUUCGCCGCGUUGUGACUACGCACCAUGGUUCUCAAUCUGCGAUUCUGUUUGACGGCUACCUAGAACCCAACGAGGGCUUUGCCGCCCACGCUGCAACCAUCUGGAUGACCAGUCGAUAUCCGGCGGAACUAACGACAAACGAUCCCAGUAUCGAUAGCCGCAGCAAGCAGAUGUACAGCAGGGGUUCUCUUAUUCGUGUCGUGGAUUUUCCACCGAACUCUACCGGCCACAACCAUCGCACACAAUCCGUUGACUACGCGAUCAUCCUAAAGGGCGAAAUGGAGAUGCUCCUAGAUGACGGGUCCAAAACUACGGUCCGGGCUGGUGACGUUGUCGUACAACAGGCAACUAUGCACCAGUGGAACAAUCCGACAGAUAAAGUGUCCCGUGUUAUUUUUGUCCUACUCCCUUCAGAACCGUUUGUUGUGGGAGAAGCUCUUCGCGACAAGGGAAUCCCAGAGGCUUUUAGAGUUACGACCUAA